AUGAGAAAGAAGAGAGUGUUGGUAGUCGGAGGCACAGGUUAUUUGGGGCAACAUGUAUUGCAAGGCUUUUCAGAGAUUCAAGCCACCACCCCUUGCGAUCUGGCCUUUACCCACCACUCCAAUCCUCCUCCCCCAGCAUUGCUCACUAUAUUUCCUCAUUUGCUGCCUUUCCAUGUCGAUUUGAAGACCGGCCAAGGAUUUCAAGCCAUUUCUCAAACGUUUGGGCCGCCUGAUGUGGUCAUAAACUGUGCUGCACUCUCUGUACCUCGUGCCUGUGAAAUGGAUCCUGCUGCUGCUAUGUCUGUGAAUGUGCCAUCUUCUCUUGUAAAUUGGUUAUUGAGCUUAGAGGAGACCAAUUCUCUUCUGAUCCAUUUGUCAACCGAUCAAGUUUAUGAAGGGGUGAAGUCCUUUUACAAGGAAGAUAAUGAAACUGUACCUGUAAAUGUUUAUGGGAAAUCAAAAGUGGCAGCAGAGCAGUUCAUUUCUGAAAAGUGUUCAAACUUUGCAAUUUUGAGAAGCAGUAUCAUCUUUGGGCCACAGACAGUCUCACCGGUUCCAAAAUCUCUUCCAAUUCAGUGGAUUGAUGGUGUCCUCUCCAAAGGAAAUACAAGCGAGUUCUUUCAUGAUGAGUUCCGUUGCCCUGUGUAUGUAAAAGAUGUUUUAGCUGCCAUACUAGCUUUGUCCAAGAGAUGGAUAUCAGACGGUAAGCAAACAAAGUUGCUACUAAAUGUCGGUGGACCAGAUAGGGUAUCCCGUCUUCAAAUGGCUGAGACUGUUGCAGAUAUUAGGGGAUACAAUCCCUCAUUGAUCAAAUCAGUGUCUGCAUCAUCAGUUGAUCGUGGAGUAAAGUCUCCUGCUGACAUAUCCAUGGAUAUCACUAAGCUGGUUCAGACACUUGGUGUUACUCCUACUUCAUUUAGAGAUGGUGUCAGAUUGACGCUUUCAACGGAGUUAUUUGGGCCUUCAGAGAAUCAAAACAUUUGGGCUUCUACAGCUUCAAGAAAUUUGGGCCAAUCCGAAACCUUGUAUCUUCCAAUGUACAGUUCUAAAAGACGGCCAAUACAAUUGCACAGUUUCAGUGAGCACCCAAACGCAGCUCUUUGUCCCCUUCAGCUGAAUCAGCUCUACAACGCCCCUCAGUUUGCAGAGAAAGAGAGGAGAGUAUUGACGAUCGAGCAUGGGAGGAGGCCCAAGCACUGGAAGCGCAACACCGCCAUUGCCAUGGCCGGCAUCUUCCUUGUCUGCAUUCCUAUCGCCAUGAAAUCUGCCGAGCUCGAGGUUUGUCAACUUGUGAUUGAAAGGGUCUUGCUUUGCAAUGUGAGUGGUAGACUUGGAAAAAUUGAGUAA